AUGCGCUCCGCACUCGGCAUCGGCAUCCUGGCAACGUUGGUGGCAACGGCUACCGCGGCGCUCAACGCCACGAUCUGCGAGUCGCUCGACUUUGCAAAUGCACCGGUCAUUGCCAUGGGCCGCACGCCCAUGACCCUCAAGAGCCUUGUGCAAGGCGACGCUGUCUGCUUCCAAGUGACGCUCGCCGACGCCUCGGCCAAGUGGGUCUCGAUCGCGAUCUCACCCACCGCCAAGAUGGUCAACGAGCCUAUCAACAACGUCGUCGUCUACGACGUGACGCUACCACCCGCGUUGCUCUACACGAUGCGCGGGUAUGAAAAGCACGACACGCUACCGCUGGCCGACCAGUCGCCGCUGCUCGUGUCGCAGUCGAGCAGCGUCAACGGCGUCAUCACGCUGACAUUCCAGCGCAAGCUCGCGGCGGUGGUCAGUUCGGACGUGGCCAUUGACCCGACUGGCGUCACGAUUCUGACGUGGGCUACUGCGGCGCUCUCGAGCUCACGCUCAACGCGGCCCACAACGGUGAUGGCCCACUGCAGACGCUGUACGCGGGUGUCAUUGCCGCUGGCAUUCUUGCGACGAUGCUGGUGCUCGGCCUGA